AUGGUGGCCGUCCAGCAGCGGCUGCAGUCGGGAGAGGAUGCUGAGAGCAGCCGCUCUGCGCCUGCCGAUGAGAUUAACACACUUCCAGAGCUGACCACGGUGCGGCUAAUCUGCAAGAAAGACCUCAUAGGGCUCUACUCUGCAGCUGGUUUCGAGAUGGUAGGUCCCUCCGAUGUGGAGCAUGGAAAGGACCCCUGGUAUGAGAUGAAACUGAAGCUUUCCAUGCAGUGA